CUUCCCUUCCCUUUUCCCUUUUCCCUUCCCCCGCUGGGCCCUGCCACUGGCCAGGACCGGUCCUCCUGGCCCCGGCGGGGAGGGGAGGGACUCCGGGGUCCCCGGCUGGGCGGGGAGGAGGCGGAGCCUUUGCCGGAGGCCGAGCAGGGAGAGAGACGAGCCCCCCCAAGUCCCCCGGCCAUCGGGGUCCGCAGGGCGCCCUGCCGCCCCCGGCCAUGGCGAAGGACCAGCUGCGGCCUCGCCUGUGCCAGAUGAUCAAGGGCGACAACGGCUACGGCUUCCACCUGCACGGCGAGAAGGGCAAGAGCGGCCAGUUCAUCCGCAGAGUGGAGCCCGGAUCCCCCGCCGAGGCGGCCGCCCUGCGCCCCGGGGACCGCGUCGUCGAGGUCAACGGGGUCAACGUGGAGAAGGAGACCCAUCACCAGGUCGUGCAGCGCAUCAAGGCGGUGGAGGGCCAGGCCCGCCUGCUGGUCGUCGACCCCGAGACGGACUCCUACCUGGACGGCCUUCGCCUCACCUGCACGGCCGACAUGGCGCAGCACGGCGGGGCCCCCCCGGGGACCGGACCCGGGCCCGGCCGAGGAGGAGGAGGCGACGGUGACCUCGGCGAGGUUUGGAAGCCCCAGCCGGAGCCGCCCGGGGGGCUCCGGAGACACUCGACCGGCCGUAGCUCUCAGUGCAGUCUCAAGGGCAUGAACGGCCAGGCCCGAGAGCUCCGCCCGCGUCUGUGCCACUUGACCAAGGGCCCCAGCGGCUACGGCUUCAACCUGCACAGCGAGAAGGCCCGGCCCGGACAGUACAUCCGCUCAGUGGACCCCGACUCUCCCGCCUCUCACGCCGGCCUCCGCGCCCAGGACAGGCUCAUCGAGGUCAAUGGCUUCAACGUGGAGGGGAUGCGGCAUUCGGAGGUGGUGUCCAGCAUCAAGGCCAAAGAGAGCGAGGCCCGGCUUCUAGUGGUCGAUCCGGAGACGGACAAGUACUUCAAGGACCUGGGGAUCGUCCCCACCGAACACCAUCUCAAAGGCCCGCUGCCGCCCCCCGUCACUAAUGGGACAACCCACAGCCAGCUCAAUGGCAGCUCCACCUACUCCUCCCAAAGUGACCUGCAGAGCCCGGACAAGGACCCUGAGGACGGCGACGCGGGGAAGAGGGACCCCUUCCGGGAGAGCGGCCUGCACUUGAGCCCCACCGCGGCCGAGGCCAAGGAGAAGGCCCGGGCCCAGCGGGUGAACAGACGAGCCCCUCAGAUGGAUUGGAACAAGAAGCGGGAGAUCUUCAGUAACUUCUGAGUGCCGCCGUGCCCCCCGCCCCCGCCGCCCCCUCCUCGUGAUCCCGGGCCCCCGCGGACCACCACGGCUGCGGGCCUGAGCCCCCACGCGCUCAGUGUCCACGUGCCCUCCGCCCCUGCCACCCCCAACCCACGAUUCUGGGCCCUCAGGGACCAUCACGGCUGCAGGCCGGAGACCCCGUGUGCUCUGUGUCCACGCGCCCCGCCACCCUGACCCCCUGAUUCUGGCUACCGUGGAUCACCGCGGCUGCAGGCCAGAGCCCGUUCCCCUAAAGCCACGAUCCUGGGUCCCUGGGACCGCCACAGUGGCAGUGUCCUCGCGCCCUCCCCUACCUCCGGGCACCGCGCCGAGGUCCGGGCUGAGGGCGCUCAGCUUUUUCCAGGGGCAAUUUGGGGGUUCGGCCCUCUCAGGCCAGCAUCCCCCCGCCCGCCCGUCCCCCUGUGCUCCGGGGAGGCAUGCAGUGGGGCGGGGCGGGCUGGAAUAGAGAGUCCUCGAGGUCACGUCACCUGGUCCCCAGCCUGCUUGGGGGGGGAGCUGCCCCCAACCCUCCGCGGAGAGACUCCCCCCACCUGCUCUGCUGACCCUGUCUGUCCGACUGAGGGGGAUUAUGACCUUUCUCCCCCUUGUCUCCCUUCUGGGGAAGGAUCCGAUCCCGUCCACAUUUGUUUCCUCCCCCAGCAGGGAUUCUGGCUAUGCUGCUAUCCUACCAGGAUGCAAUAAAGCCCCCUCCCCUGGUCAGUCUUCCCUCCCUCCCCCUCCCCUCCAGGGGCUCCCAGACUCUCUGGCAGGGAGAGUCACUGGUCCAUUAACCCCUCAGCCACCAGCCCCCCCACCCAACCCUGGGGUUGAGAUGAAGUAGGGGGAGGGGGCUGCAUUCUGGGCUCUGCUCCCCGUCAGCCCCCGUCCAUAUCCAGAGUUGGGGUUGGGGCGGCUGAGGAGGGGGCCAACCCCUGCUCUUUUUUAUUUUGCCUCUCCCCGCUUGGGCUGGCCUCUCUGCCCUCCCCUCUGGGGCACGGAGAAAAAUCAUUUCUCCCAGGCUGUGGGGAAGGGGAACUUAGUCCUCGGGGCCGCCGGCCAGGGCGGCCAAUCCUGGUGAUGUUUCAGAUGUCUGGGUUUCCUCAAGUGUUUCUAGGGCCCCGCUCCUCCUGCCCCUCUGAGUAGCCCCAUUCCGGCUCAGGCUCGUAUGCAGACAGUGGAUUCUGGGAGCCGGGCUGCGGUGGGAGAGGCCGUGCGAGUGCCACUCUGAUGGGCGAGAUAGGAUGGGGGCGGCCGGGCCUACCCUUAGGCUGCCCCUGGCAGAAGAAGAAGAGUCGGAGCUGGCCCCGGGCAGGUUCGGGGAAGGAAUGGCUAGGGGGGUGUGGGGAGACUGGCUGGACUGGAGCUAGCGAGAAGGCCUGUAUCAGAGAGUGGGGGACCCUCAGGGAGUGCAGAGGGACACCCCCCCACCGCCACGCAGAGGGGCUGCCGAUCCGCCGGAAUGGCUGGGCCGUGCUCCGUGCCCCCCACCCCGCUCUUCUCCCCGUCCCUGCCUCUCCCUGCGUAGCCGGCAGGAAUAACUCCUGCUUCCGCACAUUUAACAUGAAAACCACCGCCCCUGUAGAGCUCUCUGCCUUGUAAAAACGAUGUAUAAUGACUGUAGCGCUGACCAUAAACUUGGAUUGCCAUGAGCA